UUCCUUGAUGGAAAAAAAAAAAAGAAGUAUAAUAACAAGCCAGUGUUUUGAACGGCUCCUCAACAUUCGGCUGCCUUCAUAGAGCCAUAAAUCCCAUCUCUAAUAUUAAUUAAUUCAUGUUUUAUACCGCUUAUCCUCAUUAGGGUCACGGCAGUUGAAAGCUGGAGCCUAUCCCACGCGCGACGCAAAUCAAUGACCCAAAUGCACCGCGUCUUCCUUUUUCCCAACCGACGAAGCGGCACGUGAACGCCCCGCGUCUUUCAUCGCGUAGUUUCUGCUGACGUGGCUUCUGAUUGGCUGCUUGUGACAUCAUCGCACUUGCGGCUGAAGGCAGUUUGAAGCCGCGGUUUUGAAGCGACACUCCCCAUCCUCCUCCCCUCCCUGGCUCCGAACCAGACGUCCCGGCUUAAAUCCCUCCCACGGCGGGGCGGGACGUCACUGUACCCAAAAAAAAAAAAAAAAAAAAAAAAAAAAAAAAAAAAAAAAAAAAUCCCGUUUAAUAUUAAUGAAGUCGCGAAUUGGCUCCGACUCGCGUCAGUCCCGCUGUGCGACUUCUGUAAGCUGGCUCACUUCCUUCAACAUUAUUAUUCCUGGGCAACAACGCUGGUUGGCACAAAAAAAAAAAAAAAAAAGUAUCCCAAAAAUGUUGCCGAUCCUCCGUACGUGCGCCGAGUGAAUGGAGGCACCCUCGUCACCGGGAGGAGAUCCUGCAUUACCGGGCCAAAGACAGCAACACACACCGAGCGGCGUGUUGAGUUCUCCGUAAACGUCCAGCCCUCGGCCUCCCCAUGCCUCCAUCUCCUCUCGACGACAGAAUUGUGGUGGCGCUGCCAAGGCCGAUCCGACCUCAGGAACUCCAACUGCGACUGGACACCAGCUACCUGGACUCCAUCGCCUCCACCAGCAGCGACGAGACGGUCAUUAGCACCACGGUGGUGAAGAUCCGGGCGACGGCUAAUCUUGUGACGUAUAUGCCCUCAUCCAAGGGCUCCACGCGCUCCUUGUCGUGCGGAUGCAGCAGUGCCAGCUGCUGCUCGGUCACCACCUACGAGAAGGACAGCCCGAACCUGAACCACGGCCAGGUGAGCGCCAGCAGCCCCAACCUCAGCUAUGCCGGACCCCCCAUGCUCAGCAACCACGAAGCAUUAAGCGCCACCAGCUUCGCCCCGGGCGCCGCCUCCUCCCUGAGGCUCAUCCACCCCAAUGAGCUGGCCAAGCGGAUGACCUGCUGCCCCAUGGGCCACCCCGUCGGGCCCGUGCCGGUCAUCAUCGACUGCCGCGCCUUCACGGAGUACAACAAGAGCCACAUCCGGGGGGCGGCGCACAUCAACUGCUCCGACAAGAUCAGCCGGCGGCGGCUGCAGCAGGGAAAGAUCACCGUCUUGGACCUCAUCUCCUGCCGGGAGGGCAAGGACUCGCUUAAGGGCAUCUUCUCCAAAGAUAUCGUGGUCUACGACGAGAGCACCACGGAUCCCAACCGGCUCGGGCCCUCGCAGCCCCUCCACGUGGUCCUGGAGUCGCUGAGGAGGGAGGGCAAGGACCCCGUCAUUCUCAAAGGAGGCCUUAGCUGCUUCAGGCAGAGCCACGAGAACCUGUGUGAACACUCGCUGCACCUUCACGACACUUUGGACUCGGGCGCAGCUGCCGGCCUCUCGGGGACGCUACCUCACACCCUGCCCUCCACCCCGGACAUCGAGAACGCCGACGUGACGCCCGUCUUGCCCUUCCUCUAUCUGGGCAACGAGCGCGACGCUCAGGACGUCAACUUGCUGCAGCGGCUGAACGUGGGCUUCAUCCUCAACGUGACCACCCACCUGCCGCUCUACCACUACGACACGGGCCUGUUCAUCUACAAGCGCCUGCCCGCCACCGACAGCAACAAGCAGAACCUCCGCCAGUACUUUGAGGAGGCUUUUGAAUUCAUCGAGGAAGCCCACCAAGCUGGUAUGGGCCUUCUGAUCCACUGCCAGGCCGGCGUGUCUCGCUCCGCCACCAUCGUCAUUGCCUACUUGAUGAAGCACACCUGGAUGACCAUGACGGACGCCUACAAGUUCGUUAAGACCAGGAGGCCCGUCAUCUCCCCCAACCUGAACUUCAUGGGCCAACUGCUGGAGUUUGAGGAGGACCUCAACAACGGGAUCACGCCGCGGAUCCUCACGCCAAAGCUCAUAGGUGUGGAGACCGUCGUCUGAAAGCACCCAGCGACGACGCUCACUCGGGUAUCCGGUUCGCAAUGUGAGUAACGCCGCCAUUUUCUUCUCCCAUCUCCCCGCCCGGGCUUGUCUCGGACUCUCUGGAGUGCCAAAGCUGCGCGGGUCAGCACUCGCCAAAAAAAAAAAGAAGAAAAAAGAAGUCCCUUCUGUUUGGAAAGCGGAGAUGUCGGGACAGACAGACAGAAUAUGCUUGGGAUGUGCGGAUAGAAGAUGUGACUGGAGAAACUCCGCUUCACACUGUGGCUCGCGUGAUGGCGGGAAUGCACCCCCCCCAUGAAAAAUAAACAGUUGAAGACAUGUCUGGUGUGUUAAUGUUCUAUUUUUAUACGGGGGUGACCAUUACAAGCCCACAAUGGCUUUUACUGUGCAAUAAUUUCAACAUGGAAUGCAACCUUAUAUCUUCUCUGUAUAUAUUGGUAGUGAUUAAGAAACAUUUCCAUCUGAAUAUUGGUGUAUUGUAAUUAAUACUGUUUAUUAUUAUUAUUAUUAUUAUUAUUAGGGAUGGGCUUUUUUGACUACAUUUCCUCGAUCCACUAGAAAACAAUUGUUCUGAGCGAAUAGGUGAAUAUCUGAUUGUUCUGAACUCCCGUUUCCGUGGAAGUGUGUUCUAAGAAAAGUGUUUUCCAACCUUUACUUGGAAAAAAAAUUAAAAUCACCAAGCAUGCAAUGACUAUUUUAAUAAAGUUUACUACCGGUCAAAAGUUUGGAGACACUUUCACAUUUAAUGGCAUGUUAAAGGGUCUCUAAACCUUUGACUGUUGGUGUACUUCCUGCCAUUCCGGCAUAGAUAAAAGGGGUGCUCAAAUAAAAAAAAAAUAAAAAAGAUUCACAUCCAAAUCGCAAUUAUUUAUUCCAAUUCUAA